AUGAAAGGCACUGGUGCGUUGGCCGCGCAUUGCGAACGGCGACAGCGAGAGUUGCUGGCUGCGCCGGGACGAUCCGGCGGCGGAGGGGACUCUGAUCUGGAACCUCCCGCGGGACCCCUUCGUGGACCAUCCGCGACACCCAUCGCCGCACAGAGAGACCACUUCAUCCCAACUGGGCCGCACAGGAAACGCCCAGGACACGCCGGAACCCUGUACGACUCGUGCGGAAGUAUGCCGCGCCUCUUCUUACACGGAUACGGUCUCGUGAACAUGUCCUCUCUCCUGCGCCCCUUCGGCCUGUUAGCGCCGGUCGUGCUGCUGCCGGUCGUGCUGGUGCUGGUGCUGACCGUGUUGCCUGCACCAAGGAGCGGGGUAUGCGCCCACGUAUGGGAGUCCACACCUUGGCCGCCGUACGGCAUGCCGCACCGUCCCCUGAGAUGGGGCUACAUGGCAUACGGAUCGUCUAUGCUGCCUUGCGACAACUGGCUUGCCCGCUACUACCAGCGGCGAGACAAGCUCAGAGACUACCCGUACUGCGAGCACGGUUCCAGAGGACUGUACAACCUGCGGCCCAAGCCUUCGCUGCACGACAUCAUAUACGGGCGCCACAAGGGACCAGCGACGGACACGGACGAUUAAGCUACUUAACGAAAUUGGUGUCGGCUACACGUGACCGCUUCGUCACUGUUUGGGAAGCGUGCUUCGGGGUUUCAGCACGCAAGAGGGGGAAAAAAAGGGACUCACUCCGAGUGCGCGGGCUGCCAAGUUGGAGUAGCGUUCCUCGGAAAUGUCAGCGCGAAGGCGUUGAAUGCUUUUGCGCAGAUUUCGGGAGAACCUGUACUAUAAGGUUAAGUAUGUAAAUAUUUUUUUUCUAGUUAGUGUUUGUUUGAUCAUCGUAUCAUGUCCGAAAGUAAUCCAGUGCGAUUAGCCUACAAUAAAGGUAGUGUCUGUGUUGAA